AUGGCAGAUGCAUCAGCUUCACAGGUGUCCAUGCUGUCGUGCGGAAAAUCUGUGGCCGUUCACGAUGUGGCGCUUGGAAACAGCUGGCACUGCCUCGGCACAGAUCCGCUGUCGGACCCAUGUCAUGGAACACAUGGAACACAUGGAACGAACCGGGCGGACCAACACGUGUUGAACGUGUUGUGCUUCGGCAAAGGGCAUCAGCUGGAGGGGCAUCAGCUGUGGCGAGGUCGGAUUGGGGCCUUCAAAAACCGUUUGGAGGACUUUUUGGACUUUUUUGAGUCGAUCUCUGGAAUCCAGUUCUCAUGA